GGGGAGGGGCGGGGCUAUGGAGAGGAGGAGGAAGAUGGCGGGAGGGCGGCUCUGAGGAGACCUCGGCGGCGGCGGAGGAGGAGAGAAGCGCAGCGCCGUGCCGCGCCGGGGCCCAUGUGGGGAGGAGUCGGAGUCGCUGUUGCCGCCGCCGCCGCCGCCGCCUGUAACUGCUGGACCCGAGUGGGAGUGAGGGGGAAACGGCAGGAUGAAGUUCGCCGAGCACCUCUCCGCGCACAUCACUCCCGAGUGGAGGAAGCAAUACAUCCAGUAUGAGGCUUUCAAGGAUAUGCUGUAUUCAGCUCAGGAUCAGGCACCUUCUGUGGAAGUUACAGAUGAGGACACGGUAAAGAGGUAUUUUGCCAAGUUUGAAGAAAAAUUUUUCCAAACCUGUGAAAAGGAACUUGCCAAAAUCAACACAUUUUAUUCAGAAAAGCUUGCAGAGGCUCAGCGCAGGUUUGCUACACUUCAGAAUGAGCUUCAGUCAUCACUGGAUGCACAGAAAGAGAGCACUGGCGUUACUACACUGCGACAGCGCAGGAAGCCAGUCUUCCAUUUGUCCCAUGAGGAACGUGUCCAACAUAGGAAUAUUAAAGACCUUAAACUGGCCUUCAGCGAGUUCUACCUCAGUCUUAUCCUGCUGCAGAACUAUCAGAAUCUGAAUUUUACAGGGUUUCGAAAAAUCCUCAAAAAGCAUGACAAAAUCCUGGAAACUUCUCGUGGAGCAGAUUGGCGAGUGGCUCAUGUUGAAGUGGCCCCAUUUUACACGUGCAAGAAAAUCAACCAGCUCAUCUCUGAAACUGAGGCUGUAGUGACUAAUGAACUUGAAGAUGGUGACCGACAAAAAGCUAUGAAGCGUUUACGUGUCCCUCCUUUGGGAGCUGCUCAGCCCGCACCAGCAUGGACUACUUUUAGAGUUGGCCUAUUUUGUGGAAUAUUCAUUGUACUGAAUAUUACCCUUGUGCUUGCCGCUGUAUUUAAACUUGAAACAGAUAGAAGUAUAUGGCCCUUGAUAAGAAUCUAUCGAGGUGGCUUUCUCUUGAUUGAAUUCCUUUUUCUACUGGGCAUCAACACAUAUGGUUGGAGACAGGCUGGAGUGAAUCAUGUGCUCAUCUUUGAACUUAAUCCAAGAAGCAAUUUGUCUCAUCAGCAUCUUUUUGAGAUUGCUGGAUUCCUUGGGAUAUUGUGGUGCCUGAGCCUUCUGGCAUGCUUCUUUGCUCCAAUUAGUGUCAUCCCCACAUAUGUGUAUCCACUUGUCCUUUACGGAUUUAUGGUUUUCUUUCUUAUCAACCCCACCAAAACUUUCUAUUACAAGUCCCGGUUUUGGCUGCUUAAACUGCUGUUUCGAGUAUUUACAGCCCCCUUCCAUAAAGUAGGCUUUGCUGAUUUCUGGCUGGCCGAUCAGCUGAACAGCCUGUCAGUGAUAUUGAUGGACCUGGAAUAUAUGAUCUGCUUCUACAGUUUUGAGCUCAAAUGGGAUGAAAGUGGGGGCCUGUUGCCAAAUAAUUCAGAAGAACCCGAAAUUUGCCACAAAUACUCAUAUGGCGUGCGGGCCAUUGUUCAGUGCGUUCCCGCGUGGCUUCGUUUCAUCCAGUGCCUGCGCCGGUAUCGGGACACAAAGAGGGCCUUCCCUCACUUGGUCAAUGCUGGGAAGUACUCCACAACUUUCUUCACGGUCACGUUUGCAGCCCUGUACAGCACUCACAAAGAACGAGGUCACUCAGACACCAUGGUAUUCUUUUACCUUUGGAUUGUGUUUUGUAUCAUCAGUUCCUGCUAUACCCUCAUCUGGGAUCUGAAGAUGGACUGGGGUCUCUUUGAUAAGAAUGCUGGAGAAAACACCUUUCUCCGGGAAGAGAUUGUAUACCCCCAAAAAGCCUAUUACUACUGUGCCAUCAUAGAGGAUGUGAUUCUGCGCUUUGCUUGGACUGUCCAAAUCUCAAUUACCUCCAUGACAUUGUUGCCUCAUUCUGGGGACAUCAUUGCUACUGUCUUUGCUCCCCUUGAGGUUUUCCGGCGAUUUGUGUGGAACUUCUUCCGCCUGGAGAAUGAACAUCUGAAUAACUGUGGUGAGUUCCGUGCCGUGCGGGACAUCUCUGUGGCCCCUCUGAAUGCAGAUGACCAGACACUCCUAGAACAGAUGAUGGAUCAGGAUGACGGCGUACGAAACCGCCAGAAGAACCGGCCAUGGAAGUACAGCCAGAGCAUAUCCUUGCGCCGGCCUCGCCUCGCUUCUCAAUCCAAGGCUCGUGACACUAAGGUAUUGAUAGAAGACACAGAUGAUGAAGCUAACACUUGAAUCCUCUGAAGUCUAGAUUAACAUCUUUGGUUUUCCUACUCUACAAUUCUUUCCUCGACCAACGCAACCUCUAGUACCUUUCCAGCCGAAAACAGGAGAAGACACAUAACACAUUUCCGAGCUCUUCCCGAUCGGAUCCUAUGGACUCCAGACAAGCUCACUGUGUUUCUUUUCUUUUCUUCUGGUUUAAUUUUCAUUUUCUAUUUUUAAAACAAAUAUUUACUUCAUUUUGCCAAUCAGAGGACAUUUUAAGGAACAAAAACAUAGUAUCUUAUGGAUUGUUUACAAUCACAAGGACACAGAUACCUAUCAGGAUGGAAGAACAGGCAUUGCAAGGACCCUCUGAUAGGACGGUACCGAGAUACCUCGGCUUCCGCUGGGCCCGGUUUUGACUGGUUGAAACCGGACAUUGAUUUUUAAAUUUUUUGUCAGUUUAUGUGGAGAAUUCUUUCCUUUCCUUCAUACCCAGCGCAAAUGCACUGGCCGCACUUGCAGGGAAAGUGCAACUUAGAGCAGUACCUUCAUUCAUGAAGCUACUUUUUAAUUUGAUGUAACUUUUCUUAUUUUGGGGUGGGUUGCUGGGUGGGCGGGAAAUAUGAUGUAUUUGUUGCAUAUAGUUUUCUCAUUAUUUAUGAAACUUAACCAUAAAAGAAUGCUAUAACUCCUGUGCAAUGAAGGUGGUAACAGUGAAAGACGACAGGGGAAACUAAUGUUGGACAGCAUGUGAGGGUUUAGUCCACAAUACCUCUUUCAUGAGACGACUCGCACCAGUUUGACUUUUUCUUUUCUUUUCUUUUUUAAUUUUAAGCCAAAGUUUUAUUACUGAUUUUUUAAGUUGCUGCUGCUUUAGAAUCCUGAGCAUGUCUUUCAUAACAAAGCAUCUAUAUACUUCUACGUAACCGGUUGAAAUUUUUUAAAAGAUCUGAUACUUUUUUUUUUAAGGAACAAAUGUGGAAUAUAUUUGCCCAUACUCCAACCAUAACAAAUGAAGUUAUGCCUUAUUAAGUUUCAGCAUUUAGGGUAAUGGAAGUAUAAACUUUACUGACUCUGAAUGAGAAGAUAAGCUAUUUCAGAGACUCCCUACACCUUAUUGGAUAGUUUUUCUUUUGGAUUCACUUGCUUUAGCCAGAAUUUGGUCAAAUUAAAAGUCUGUUUUGGGGAAACCAUAUUUUUGAGAGCAAAGAACAAAUUAUCCUUCUACUGUCACAUUACGUGAAUAAAACAGACCUUGGCAGCCAUUUCUCCCAGCAGUUUUAAAGAAUGAACAUUGGAUUUCAUUCCCUCCUAUGAGACAAAAAACAACCUGCUUUUAAGAUUUUGGGGGUCUAAACUUGGUGUAAACAAAAGGUAUAUUUCUUAGACCUUAUCAGACUCUCAUGGUCUGUGCACACUGCCCAUUUUUACUUCUUUGUCUAAUUUCUUUCCUACGUUCCUAAGUCAUCCAAAUAAGCCCCCAAACCUUAAAGGAUUUUGCUUCCUUGAAUGUGGUUGGCAUUAAAUUGAGCAUUUCAUUAUCUAACAAAAUUAAUAUAAAUACCAGAAAAAGUGAAAUAUGUUUUAAUCCACCCAUCCCCCCGCAGUCCAGAUGAAGAUUCCAACAUCAACAUCAGUAGAUUCAUGAAAGUAAAUUACUUCUGCCGUUUUCAGCUUAAUCUUAGGCAAAGAGACAAAUGAGUGGAAGGGCAGCUGUUAUUAUCACUUACUUAGUCUUGAAAACACAUGGUCACUUGCCCCUUACAAUACUCCCAUGGUCAGUAGCUCUUCUACCAUGUAUUGCCAAGUCUUCCUUACACCUGUUGUGAUUCUAGUAGAUUAUAUUAAAGUUACUGUUACUACCAAAAUUCUAUCAAUUAACUGACAAAUAGUUCAUUUUUAAAGGAGUUUAUUCCAUUUUUAUUCUGACAAGCUUCCAAAGUUUUUUCCAUUUCCAAAUUGCGAAAUUUUUUUUUUCUGAAAAAUCAUACAAAUUUUUGGCUUUUGUUGUUUUUUAUGUUUUGCCAAGCAUGUUCUUUGGCCCAAAACUAAAGAGGAAAAGUUUAAUUACUUUUUUUUAGUUUAAUCAUUUAUAAUAAUCAGUGGUAAUAAUUUAGUGACCUUUAAUAGAUUAAAGGUUUCAUUACUUAUACUUGGGAUUUUUUUUUUCUAACUAUUUUGUUUUUGUACUUUAAAACUAUGGGGGAAAUAUCACUGGUCUGUCAAGAAGUAACAGUAAUUAUUACUGAGUUGGAUAAGUCCAGUGGACCAGCCAUUUCUUGUACAAAUAAAACUGGUGGUACUAAUGUGUAUCCAGAGCAAUCUGAAUUGUCAACUUCAUUUUCUGUUAGUGGCACUAUAUAAUGACACACAUAAAAUCUUAUAGUUGACUUCUGGUAUUUGAA